GGCCAGGAGGCAACAGGCGGCCUGGCCCUCCUGGGCGGCCUGGAGGGCUGCGCGCCGCCCUGUGCGACCGAGGCUGCGCCGGCGGCGGAGGAGCACCGCGGGGACGGCGGCCGCCGGCGCCGCCCGCGCGGGAGCCGGAACCGAGGCCGCCUCGGCACGGGGAGCCCCGGGCGCUCGCCGGCGCCCGACGGGCCAGGCGCGGCACGGCGGCGCAGCGGGCCCGUGCAGGCGCUGCCGCAGCCAGACCCGGAGCCCGAAACCGACGUUGGGUCAGAAGGCGGCCGGGGCCUCGCCGACGUUAGGGCCAUACUUCCGAAGGACAGCCGUCCCGCCGUCGACGAGAAGAUGCUGCUUCCAAAGCUCGGCUUCGAGCCCUUCAAGCUGCCCGCCUGGUGCUGCGUGCGCAGGACGUUCAUCGAGGCGAGCAUCAGCGAGCCCAUCGCCGACCGUGCUUUCUCGUCGCCGCCGCAGCGACGGGCUCAG